CCACCCCCCAUGGCUCCCCUGGCCUUGGUGGGGGUUGUGCUCCUCCUGGGGGCACCCCCAUGCUUGGGGGCAGCCACCCCCACCCCCUCCCUGCCGCCUCCCCCAGCCAAUGACAGCGAUACCAGCACUGGAGGCUGCCAGGGCUCCAACCGCUGCCAGCCGGGGGUUCUGCUGCCUGUCUGGGAGCCUGACGACCCGUCACUGGGUGACAAGGCAGCACGGGCAGUGGUAUAUUUUGUGGCCAUGGUCUACAUGUUCCUGGGUGUGUCCAUCAUUGCCGACCGCUUCAUGGCGUCCAUCGAGGUUAUCACAUCAAAGGAGAAGGAGAUCACCAUCACCAAGGCCAAUGGCGAGACCAGCGUGGGCACUGUUCGCAUCUGGAAUGAGACUGUGUCCAACCUCACGCUCAUGGCUCUUGGCUCCUCAGCGCCUGAGAUCCUGCUGUCGGUCAUCGAGGUCUGUGGCCACAACUUCCAGGCGGGCGAGCUGGGCCCAGGCACCAUCGUGGGCAGUGCUGCCUUCAACAUGUUUGUGGUCAUCGCGGUGUGCAUCUACGUCAUCCCAGCUGGUGAGAGCCGCAAGAUCAAGCACCUGAGAGUCUUCUUUGUCACUGCCUCUUGGAGUAUCUUCGCCUAUGUCUGGCUUUAUCUCAUCCUUGCUGUCUUUUCCCCGGGUGUGGUCCAGGUGAGCAAGGCCCCAUGGGCACCUUCUUGGUGCAUGGGUGUCUGCAAAAAUCCAGAGGGCCCCUGUUUUCUAUGUAAUGCAUGCCAGGCGCCGGGCGAGCUGGGCGGCCUGGGCCCGGGCCCGGCGGAGGCCCGCGAGCUGGACGCCAGCCGCCGCGAGGUCAUCCAGAUCCUCAAGGACCUCAAGCAGAAGCACCCAGACAAGGACCUGGAGCAGCUGGUGGGCAUCGCCAACUACUACGCGCUGCUGCACCAGCAGAAGAGCCGCGCCUUCUACCGCAUCCAGGCCACGCGGCUGAUGACCGGCGCUGGCAACGUGCUGCGGCGACACGCGGUGGACGCCUCGCGCAGGGCCGCGCCGUCCGAGGGCCCCGGGGAGGACGAGGACGACGGCGCCAGCCGCAUCUUCUUCGAGCCCAGUCUCUACCACUGCCUGGAGAACUGUGGCUCGGUGCUGCUGUCCGUCACCUGCCAAGGUGGCGAGGGCAACAGCACCUUCUACGUGGACUACCGUACCGAGGACGGCUCCGCUAAGGCCGGCUCCGACUAUGAGUACAGCGAGGGCACGCUGGUGUUCAAGCCAGGGGAGACACAGAAGGAGCUGCGCAUCGGCAUCAUCGACGACGACAUCUUCGAGGAGGACGAGCACUUCUUCGUGCGGCUGCUGAACCUGCGUGUGGGCGACGCGCAGGGCAUGUUUGAGCCCGACGGCAGCGGGCGGCCCAAGGGGCGUCUGGUGGCGCCGCUGCUGGCCACCGUCACCAUCCUGGACGACGACCACGCGGGCAUCUUCUCCUUCCAGGACCGCCUGCUGCACGUGAGCGAGUGCAUGGGCACCGUGGACGUGCGCGUCGUGCGCAGCUCGGGCGCCCGCGGCACCGUGCGCCUCCCCUACCGCACGGUGGACGGCACGGCGCGCGGCGGCGGCUGCUCUCCGUUAGAGGAGGGACCCGAGGAGAACGGGAAAACUCUUCAAGUGAAGAUAGUUGAUGACGAGGAAUAUGAGAAAAAGGAUAAUUUCUUCAUCGAGCUGGGCCAGCCCCAGUGGCUUAAGCGAGGGAUUUCAGCUCUGCUACUCAAUCAAGGGGAUGGGGACAGGAAACUGACAGCCGAAGAGGAGGAGGCUCGGAGGAUAGCAGAGAUGGGCAAGCCGGUUCUUGGGGAAAACUGCCGGCUGGAGGUCAUCAUCGAGGAGUCGUACGAUUUUAAGAACACAGUGGAUAAACUCAUCAAGAAAACAAACUUGGCCUUGGUGAUUGGGACCCAUUCGUGGAGGGAGCAGUUUUUAGAGGCAAUUACGGUGAGCGCAGGGGACGAGGAGGAGGAGGAGGACAGCUCCCGGGAGGAGCGGCUGCCAUCCUGCUUUGACUACGUGAUGCACUUCCUGACGGUGUUCUGGAAGGUGCUGUUCGCCUGCGUGCCCCCAACUGAGUACUGCCAUGGCUGGGCCUGCUUUGGUGUCUGCAUCCUGGUCAUUGGCUUGCUCACCGCCCUCAUUGGGGACCUCGCCUCCCACUUUGGCUGCACCGUUGGCCUCAAGGACUCUGUCAACGCCGUUGUCUUUGUGGCCCUGGGAACCUCCAUCCCUGACACGUUCGCCAGCAAGGUGGCGGCGCUGCAGGACCAGUGCGCCGACGCGUCCAUCGGCAACGUGACGGGCUCCAACGCCGUGAACGUGUUCCUGGGCCUGGGCGUGGCCUGGUCGGUGGCCGCCGUGUACUGGGCGGUGCAGGGCCGGCCGUUCGAGGUGCGCACCGGCACCCUGGCCUUCUCCGUCACGCUCUUCACCGUCUUCGCCUUCGUGGGCAUCGCCGUGCUGCUGUACCGGCGCCGGCCGCACAUCGGCGAGAACACGCACCCUUCCCCACGCCCCGUGACCAUUCCCCUAGAGGAUUUAACGUCUCUCUUCCUAGACGCCCAGCCUGGCUCCGUCCUGUAA